UUUUUUCUUUGGCAAGGAUGAGCCACCGUGAGCAUGGGACCCAGGGGAAUCGGUGAAAGAUAAUCCACAAAGAGGUGUGUGGAUGAGCUUGGGGUUGCGCCUUAGCCACUCCUCAUCACAGUUUAGACGCAGCCUCACAUACUUCUCCCCUGCCACCGCCGCUCGGAAGGAGCAGUUAUUCGGUAACCAUGGCUCACUCUGCAUUAUCUCGAUAUCCCACACUUUGCUUGCACCCCGAUUCUACCUCAAAUUCUAGAUUCUUCUUAUCCCCAACACCUAUCAAGCUCAUUAAAUUUUCAAGAACGCUCAAUCUUAAUGUCUCUGCUGUAGCUACCGAACUUCCCAUCGUCGACGGAGCAACAAUUGCAGCCAUCGGUGGCGGUUCGGUUGCCGCGCUGGCUGCCGUUCUAUCUCUGACCGAUCCGGAGAGACGCCGCCGCCUGCAGGCCGAAGAGGUGGGUGGUGGCGACAAGGAUGUGGUGAAGGAAUACUUUAACAAUUCGGGGUUUCAGAGGUGGAAGAAAAUUUAUGGAGAGACGGAUGAUGUGAACCGGGUGCAACGAGACAUUAGGUUGGGUCACUCCAAGACGGUGGAGAAUGUGAUGGCGAUGUUGAAAGACGAGGGCUCACUGAGAGGAGUAACAGUGUGCGAUGCCGGCUGUGGAACCGGUAGCUUAUCUAUUCCGCUAGCCAAGGAAGGCGCGAUGGUCUUCGCUAGCGAUAUUUCUGCUGCUAUGGUCGCGGAGGCCGAAAACAAGGCAAAAGAAGAGGUUGUGGGAGGCGUGGUGCCAAAAUUUGAAGUGAAAGAUUUGGAGAGCUUGGAAGGGAAAUAUGAUACGGUGGUAUGUCUAGAUGUUUUAAUACACUACCCCCAGAACAAGGCAGACGGAAUGAUUGCGCACCUUGCAUCCCUAGCGGAAAAGCGUUUAAUCAUUAGCUUUGCGCCAAAAACAUUUUACUACGAUUUGUUGAAGAGGGUGGGAGAGUUGUUCCCCGGACCUUCAAAGGCAACUAGGGCAUAUCUGCACUCUGAGGCCGACGUCGAGACUGCAUUGCGGAGGGCUGGCUGGAAAAUAAGGAAGAGAGGUCUAAUCUCUACCCAGUUUUACUUUGCCACAUUGGUUGAGGCAGUUCCUGCUUGACACUUCACACCUGUCUUUCGUUGCGUUUCAUUUCACUUUUGACACUUCCUCUACCCGCCCUCCUUCUGUAUUCCAGUGUUUUUACUUACAAUGCUUCCUAAGUAGAGUGUCAACAUUAUCUUAUGUAUGCUAAUGGAUUCCACUUUAUAUUAAUCUAAACUCCGAUGCUUAAGUUCUCUUUUUUAAGAAAGAGGAUUACGAGCCAAAACAUCCCUUCGAGGAGGUUGGACCUGGACCUAGUGGGAAACAUUCUACCAUUUUUCAUUUCAA